AUGGCAAAACUUUCACUGGUGUCGUUGCUGCUCACACUGACGCAUCCAGUAUUCUCUGCUACCGUCACUCGAUCUCUCGACAUAGUCAACGACAACGUGUCUCCAGACGGACUCACACGUCCGGCCAUCCUUGUCAAUGGGUCGUUGCCAGGACCUUUGAUAUCCGGCAAUGCCAGUGACACAUUCCUUGUCAAUGUUACAGACAACCUUACAGACACGACGAUGUAUCGCGGAGUCUCCAUUCAUUGGCAUGGCCUUUAUCAAAAAGGUCAUGCGGCGGACGAUGGUGCCUCUUGGGUGACCCAGUGCCCUAUUAUUCCAAACAACUCGUUCCUCUAUAAUUUCACAGCUGCAAAUCAGACUGGAACCUAUUGGUAUCACUCGCAUGAAGGAACCCAAUAUUGUGACGGGCUACGUGGACCACUGGUUAUUUAUGACCCAGAGGACCCUCAUGCCAACUUGUAUGAUGUUGAUGACGAAACGACGGUCAUUACACUUGCCGACUGGGUGAUUGAUACUCGAAACCAAUUCGCGCGCAGACCACCCAAUUCAACACUUAUCAAUGGUCGCGGCCGUUAUUUGGAUGGUCCAAACGUACCACUCUCUGUUGUAAAUGUCACGCAAGGUUUACGGUAUCGAUUCCGUAUCGUCAGCGUCAGCUGUUCCCCUUCCUUCAAAUUUCAGAUUGAUGGCCACAACAUGACUGUAAUCGAAGCGGAUGGUAUCGAAACGGAACCAGUGACUGUCAACGCUCUGACUAUCUAUGCCGGUCAGCGAUAUUCGGUUGUCGUAAACGCAUCUCAGCCCAUUGGGAACUAUUGGAUUCGUGCUGAACCAUCGGCGUCGGGUGCUAUCACUGGGUUCGAGAAUGGCAUAAAUUCCGCCGUUCUGCGGUACUCAGGUGCUGCCCAAGAGGAGCCGACUACGUUGCAAGACACCGAUGACAACCCACUCAACGAGGCAGACCUUGUUAGAAUGCUAACUUUCCUUCAGCCUGGUGAACCUCGUCCAGGCGGGGUGGACCUAGCACUCAACCUUGACAUCAGUCUCGUGAGUUUAUUACGUGUUUCAUCGAAACUCAUUUCUUUUUUCAAAAACGUCCAGGCCUGGGAAAAUCCAGCAACUCCUGUUUUGCUACAAAUUUUAAAUGGAAAUACAGACCUUGUCCCCGCGGAUUCACUGUAUGAGCUUCCAGGCAAUAGUACAAUUGAGCUUUCCAUGCCUGGAAGUUUUGCAGUAAGUAAAUGUACAUUAUACAUGCAUCUGCAUGGGCACAGCUUCGAUAUCGUCAGAGUGGCAGGUAGCACGGAGUACAAUUAUAAAAAUCCACCACGCCGAGAUGUGGUUAGUAUGGGUGAUUCUGGUGGCGAUGAUAAGAACAAUGUCACCAUUCGCUUCGUAACUGACAAUGCCGGCCCAUGGUUCUUGCAUUGCCACAUUGAUUGGCAUCUUGCUUCUGGUCUGGCUGUCGUCUUCGUUGAGGAUCGCGAGAACAUCAAUUCUGUCACACAUUUCUCAGACGAAUGGAAGAACCUCUGCCCUGCGUAUUCCGCAAACCCUCCAGACGCUACUUUUUCUUGA